AUGGCCCAAAAAAUCGUCACUGUCUUUGGAGCCACGGGCAAUCAAGGGGGCAGCACAGCCUCCGCCAUCUUCAACAACCCUAGCCUGGCUUCCAAGUACAAAGUUCGUGCUAUUACUCGCGACACUUCCAAACCCGCAGCACAAGCUCUUGCCUCGAAAGGCGCUGAACUAGCCAAAGCCGACAUCAACGAUAUCGAAAGUGUGAAAGCUGCCGUCGCCGGUUCAUACGGCGUCUUUGCUGUCACAAACUAUUGGGAGACGCAGAACAAAGAUACCGAGAUCCAACAAGGCAAGAACGUGGUCGAUGCCUGCAAGGCCGCGGGUGUCAAGCACUUGGUUUGGUCAACCUUGCCACAUGUGACCAAGUUGACCCACGGCGAACUCACCAAGGUCGAGCAUUUUGAAUCAAAGGCUGAAGUGGCAGAGUAUGCCGAGCAGGUCAAAGGCGACAUGAUGGUUUCGUACUACAUGCCGGGAUACUUCAUGUCCAACCUCAAAACCCAAAUCAAACCAAACGAAAAGACCAGCGUGCUCACACUUAGUCUCCCAUGGAAUCCUCAGAAUACCUGGGUGCCUUUGAUCGACAUUCAGAAUGACACCGGCUUGUUCACGGUGGGCCUCCUCGAAGCUGGAUCGGCCGCGAAUGGGGUCUUCGUUCAUGGUGUCGGGGAGUGGAUGCACCCUCAGGAAAUUGUCGACACGCUCUCGGAGCUCAAGGGCAAAGAGAUCAAAUUCGUUGAACAGCCUGCUACCGUCGAGGCUGUUGCGAAAAUGGGAAACAAGAUCGCAGAGGAGCUAGCACAAAAUAUGAUGCUGAUCCGAGAUUGGAGUUACUACGGCAGAGGAACCGAGAAGACCCAGGCAGAGAGCGACAAAUUCUUGGUGCCGGGCUCACAGAAGACUACCUGGAAGAAAUUUGCUGAGCAGGCUCAGUGGCCUUUCUAG